GACCAUUUAUAUGUGCUUUGCAAAAAUUCUCGUAUUGCGCUGAUUGAGGUUGUACGGUUCGGUUGUACUUGUACUUGCUCGUCGUUAAUUUUCUUCCUGCAGCAACAAACAGCAAAGCAGGCAACAAAAUGUUCUCACGUCCACAUCUGUAUGGUAAUCUCACCAAAAUAUGUGCCUCCGCCGCUGCACGUCAACCAGUCACAAAUCCCACAACAUCAGCGGCAGCUGUGGCGAACAACACACAAGUACGUGAAUACCAUGAAGUGGUCGGUGAUAUUCUGUGCCCCUCACAAGUCAUGGGUAUCGAUCACAUCAGAGAUCCCCGUCUAAAUAAAGGUUUAGCUUUCACUUUGGAAGAACGUCAAGUGUUGGGUAUUCAUGGCUUGCAACCUGCCCGUUUCAAAACCCAAGAGGAGCAAUUGGAAUUGUGCAAAAUUGCUGUGGAUCGUUACAGCGAAGCAUUGAAUAAGUACCUGUACUUGAGUGACUUGCAAGAUCGUAACGAACGCUUGUUUUUCCGUUUUCUCUCCGAGAACAUUGAGGAAAUGAUGCCCAUCAUCUAUACACCAACUGUGGGUUUGGCCUGUCAACGUUUCGGCUUGAUCUAUCGCAGACCUCGUGGCUUGUUUGUCACCAUUAAUGAUCGUGGCCAUGUGUUUGAUGUUAUUAAGAAUUGGCCUGAACCUGAUGUCCGCGCUAUUGUCGUUACCGAUGGUGAACGUAUUCUUGGCUUGGGUGAUUUAGGCGCAUCCGGUAUGGGUAUUCCUGUAGGCAAAUUGGCCCUUUACACUGCCUUGGCUAGCAUUAAACCCCACCAAUGUUUGCCCAUUCUCAUUGAUGUCGGCACCAAUAACAUCGAUCUCCUGGAGGAUCCUCUCUAUGUGGGUCUUCGUCAAAAACGUGUUGUUGGCCGAGAAUACGAUGAUUUCAUUGAUGAAUUUAUGCGAGCUGUUGUCAAGCGUUAUGGUCAGAAUGUCUUAAUUCAAUUUGAAGAUUUUGGCAAUCACAAUGCAUUUAGGUUCCUCGAUAAAUAUCGCAAUACUUACUGUACCUUUAACGAUGAUAUUCAGGGCACUGCCUCAGUGGCAGUGGCUGGUCUGUAUGCCAGCAAACGUAUCACAGGCAAGAAUUUCACCGAUUAUACGUUCCUGUUUGCUGGUGCCGGUGAAGCUGCCAUUGGUAUUGCCGAUUUGGUGACGAAAGCUAUGGUCGCCGAAGGUGUACCAAUUGAGGAAGCUCGCAGCAAAAUCUGGAUGGUGGAUAUUGAUGGUCUCUUGACCACCACACGUAAAGAAGGCCACCUUGAAGGCCAUAAAAAGAACUAUGCCAAAGAUGUUGAACCCAUGAAGAAUUUGGAGGAGAUCUGUACAAAAGUCAAACCAAAUGUGUUGAUUGGUGCUUCUGCUGCUGCUGGUAUCUUCACACCCAAAAUCCUACAAACCAUGGCUGCUAAUAACGAACGUCCCGUUGUAUUCGCUUUGUCAAAUCCCACCAGCAAAGCUGAAUGUACUGCCGAACAAGCCUACCAAAACACAGAGGGUCGCGUCAUCUUCUCAUCAGGUUCACCAUUCCCACCUGUAACAAUUAACGGCAAAACUUUCUAUCCUGGUCAAGGUAACAAUGCCUACAUCUUCCCUGGUGUAGCAUUGGGUGUGAUUGCCACCGGUACACAUCACAUACCCGAUGAUAUGUUCCUCAUUGCCUCCCAAGAACUUGCCAAUUAUGUGGAAGAUUCCGAUUUGGAACGUGGUUCCCUAUAUCCACCACUAUCGUCGAUUAGAGAAAUCUCUAUGCGUAUUGCUAUCGGUGUAACCAAGUGUGCUUAUGACAAAGGUCUUGCCUCAACUUACCCAGAACCUCAGGAUAAACGCAAAUGGUUGGAGGAACAAUUGUACAACUUUAACUAUGAGAGCUCAUUGCCAGUGACUUGGGUUUGGCCCAGGAUGCCCUACAUUAAGACCCGUGACUUAAACCCAUCUAAAUUGUUUGGAGAUUCAAAAGGACAAAAGAAAGAUGAGGAAUAAAUCCUAGGUAUAUUUGAAUUGUACAAGAAAAAAAGACCCAAGAACACGAAACGAAGCAAAAAGAGUGUACCAGCAUCGUUUACAAAAUGCUACUCUUAAACAAUUGUGAGAAUCUGCCGCUUAAUGGUUUUAUCCUUUUUGCUAAUACCCACUACCACCACCACCUGAACCUCAACCUUAAACACCCAUCCACUUAAAAGUACGAAACCAUUAUAGAGUUAUGUAUUUUUUUUUUUGAUUUUCAUUUUAGUUAGCCUUAUUAUAAAUUUUUAUUUAUAUAUUGUAUGUAUGUAUUUAUAUACAUAUACUAUAUAAACAACCAAUUAAUUUAUUUGUAUAUUUAUUUUUAAAAACAACAAAUUAUUAGUUCAAUUCUCGAAAUGGUCAACAUAAAGUAAAAAAAGAGAGAAAGCAACCUCACAAAAAAAAAAAAAAAACAUACAAUUAAUAUUAUAAGUUAUCUUUAAAACGCAUAUGUAUGCCGGACAUAGUUGAUUGACGUCGUUGAAACUAAUAACAAAUAAA